GGAAAAACAAUUGGGAAAAAUAUUGUAGGCACUCUGCAACGGGAGGAGGGAACCGGAAGCAAUUUACCGUUGGCGAACGGGCUGCUGAGACUAUCAGACUCAGCGACUCAGCCGCAAAAGAACCGCAACCGAAGUAGCGAUAUGGAUUUAACUGAACUGUGGGCGAUUUUCGGGCCAGGCGUUGCAGGAGCUGUGUUCGGUGCCGGUUGGUGGUUCUGGAUCGACGCCGUCGUUUGCAGUUCUGUUACUAUUUCUUUCGUUCACUACCUUCCCGGCAUAUUUGCAUCGAUUGCGGCGCUGAUGUUCAAUUGUGUUAGAAAGGAGGACAUCGAUUAUUCUCCAUACGACGAAGGGGAGUGGAGGUUGAAGCUUUGGCUUUUCUUGGCUUAUGUUGUAUCAUUCGUCUCUCUAGCAGCCUCAGUUGGCCUAUUAAUACAAGAUUCACUCGUGAAAACUGGUCCUUCAGCCUGGACAGGAACUGCUGGUGUCUUGCAGUGUGUUUUUGUGUUGAUCAGUGGGCUGAUUUACUGGACUUCACACUCGGAGUAAAUUGUGUUGAUAGAAUUCUAAAAGAGACUUUCCGUUUGGAGCUUCAAAUUGCAGAUGAGGAUUGAGAAUGUACGUUGUUGACUUGUUUCACCUUAUCUAUCAAAUAUGACCAAAAAGAAAAACAAAAUUAAAAAAUCCUGUAAAUGUGUAUUCUGUGGUGAAAAUCAUGAGCAAAUUUGUGAUGGUAGUGCAGAUGCUUUAUUUA